AUGUAUCUCCGCAGGGCUGUCUCGAAGACCCUGGCGCUGCCGUUGAGGGCGCCCUCCAGCCCCGCGCCGCUCCGGAAGGACGCAUCUCUUCGCUGGAUGUCAUCUAACAAGUUUCCUGGAUUAUCUGGAUCAAAUAUGAUCUACUGUCUGGUUGUAGGUGUCACGGUCAGUGCUGGUGGAUACUAUACUUACAGGACAGUAACAUCAGAGCAAGUGAAGCACACUGAACAUAUAACAAAUUUGAAAGAAAAAACCAAAGCAGAGUUACAGCCACUUCAAGGUGAAAAGGAGAGCCUUGGGGGAGCGGAGAAAGCAAGUUCAGAAGCCCCUGAAGCCCGUUCAGCCGAAGCCCAGGAGGGGGACGCUGAAGAAACCUCCGCCGGGGCGGGCAGCUCACGACGACUGACUGCCAUAGUGGUAUGUGCAACAGGUGAGGCCGAGUCUGGGAAACUCAUGCUCCAGAGCUCCCCUGGGGCUCAGGCCGAGGCUGGUUUCCAGCAGACAUUACAUCCUUGCUUAGUUUUUCUCCAUCCUAUCCAGUUUCCUCCUCCUAUUCUCCUAAGAGCACCCCUUCGGUAA